ACAAGAACCCAAGCAAAUCGGAUAUCAGCUCAAGAUUCUUUGAAAUAAAACCCUAAACUUUGCUUUUGUAAGAACAAAUCACGCUACACAAUCCAAUCUCUACCGUCACCCUUUUUAAUCUAACGGUCUAUAUCAUCCCACCUCUCGUGCUUAUCAAUCCCCUCUCUUUCUCUUUUAGCACUCUCUCUUGCACUAUUCUGUUCGAAAGUCUCUCACUCGAUCUUUAGCACACUGAAAAUGGCCAAAAAAAUUUGUUAUUUUGUUGGCGAUCAGCCGAUUGGAAGGAUGGUUCAUAUUGAAUCUUCGGAUCUUUAAAAGAUUUCUGUAAAUUUACACAUACACAAUAGAUUAUUACGAAAAAACUUGUUUGGUUCAGUAGAUUGUUAUGCAAUUAAGUUAUUCCAAGAUGAUGUCCGAUAUCGGAAUGCGAUCGGUGCUUUCUAACAACGAGGAGCUGAGCUUGCUGAUGAGGGAGAAGCGUAGGCAAGAGGUUAUUAGCAGUACUAGUAUGAUGAGUAACAGUAGCGGCGAUCGCGAGAGGGAGCUUAAUAUGUAUCGCAGCGGUUCAGCUCCGCCGACGGUGGAAGGGUCAUUGAAUGCAGUCGGAGGACUGUUUGGUGGCGGUGGUGGUCUGACGGCCGAGUUAGGCGGGAUUUCAGAAGAUGAGUUAAGGUCUGAUCCGGCAUACAUUUCGUAUUACUACGCUAAUGUGAAUCUGAACCCUAGGCUUCCGCCGCCGCUGUUGUCGAAGGAGGAUUGGCGAUAUGCGCAGCGCCUGCAAGGCGGCGGUGGAAGUGGGAUUGGUGGCUCUGCUAUUGGCGAUAGGAGGAAGGUAAACAGGGAUGAUGGGAGUAAUACUAGGUCUCUAUUUGCAAGCCAGUUAGGGUUCAAUGGGAACAAAGAAGAGAAUCAUGGACCGACCGAAUGGAGGAAGUCACACAGCGGUGAAUCUGCCGCCGCCGAAUGGGGAGGCAAUGGGCUUAUCGGGUUGCCUGGAUUGGGGUCAGGAAGUAGGCAGAAGAGCAUUGCGGAGAUCUUUAAGGAUGACAUGACUCAAGCAGCAUCUAGUUCUCGUCAUCCAUCUCGUCCGGCAAGCCGGAACACAUUUGACGAAAACAUCGAACCCUCUGAAACCCAUUUUGGUCUUCACCAAGAUCUGGUUUCCAUGGAAGCUUUACGUUCGAGCCCAAACCAUCCUCACGCGAUGUCAUCAGCUUCUCAUACGUACGCAUCUGCACUCGGUGGUUCUUUGUCUAGAAGCACCACUCCUGACCCUCAACUGGUGGCCAGAUUGGCUAGCCCUCGCAUUUCGGCUGCAGGAGGCAGGGUUAACUCUGCUCCAUCUGAACAUUCCGACCUAGCAGCAGCCAUGGCAGGCAUGAGUCUAUCAGCAGAUGGUAUGACAAAUCAAGAAAACGAGAUUGAUGAGCAGAACACGCAUAUGAAACAUCCAUACUUGACCAACAAAGGUGGUUCUCCGCACUACCAACACAUGGACAGUCCAAAUUCAUCUUAUUCAAACUAUGGGCUAGGUGGGUAUGUGAUGAAUCCUGCAUCACCUUCCAUGAUGGGUGGUGGUGGCAUGGAUUCCAGAGCCAUGGGAGGUGGGUUUGCUUUGGGACCUAAUAUACUCGCUGCAGCUGCAGAGUUACAGAAUCUUCAAUACGCUGCUGCUCUGAAUGAUCCAACAAUGGAGUUACUAGCACUUCAGAAAGCUUACCUUUCAGGCCUGCUAUCACCUCAAAAAUCACCGUAUGGUCUUCCUUACCUUAACAAAACAAACAGUUUAACUCAUGGUUACUAUGGAAACUACCCCACCAGUCCACUGGCCGGACCUCUCCUCCCCAACUCAGGCAGCCCUGUCAGACAUGGAGAAAGGAGUCUUCGUUUCCCUUCUGGAAUGAGAAACUUACCCGGAGGCUUCACCGGAUCUUUUGAAGAAGCUUUUGCAUCUUCUUUGCUUGAUGAGUUCAAGAGUAAUAAAACCAAAUGUUUUGAGCUUUCAGAAAUCGCAGGACAUGUUGUUGAAUUCAGUUCCGAUCAGUAUGGAAGUCGAUUCAUUCAACAAAAGCUCGAAACCUCUACCACAGAAGAGAAAAACAUGGUUUUUCAUGAAAUUAUGCCUCAGGCUCUUUCACUUAUGACUGAUGUAUUCGGUAAUUACGUGAUCCAGAAGUUUUUUGAACAUGGAACUGCUUCUCAAAUAAGAGAACUGGCAGACCAGCUUGAUGACCAUGUCCUAACCCUUAGUCUACAGAUGUAUGGUUGCAGAGUAAUCCAAAAGGCUAUAGAGGUAGUUGACUUGGACCAACAAAGAAAAAUGGUAGCAGAGCUUGAUGGUCAUGUAAUGCGAUGUGUACGCGAUCAAAAUGGUAAUCAUGUUAUUCAAAAGUGCAUUGAAUGCAUUCCGGAAGAUGCUAUUCAUUUCAUCAUAUCAACAUUUUAUGAUCAAGUUGUUACAUUGUCAACACACCCAUAUGGUUGUCGCGUUAUUCAGAGAGUCCUCGAGCACUGUAGCAACCCAAAAACACAAACCAUAGUCAUGGAUGAAAUCUUGAAAUCUGUACGCAUGCUUGCACAAGAUCAAUACGGGAAUUAUGUUGUUCAGCAUGUGCUCGAACAUGGAAAGCCACACGAACGCACGUCUAUUAUCGAUCAAUUAAUCGGGCAGAUAGUUCAAAUGAGUCAACAAAAGUUUGCUUCCAAUGUUGUUGAAAAAUGUUUGACUUUUGGUACACCCGAGGAGCGGCAGAUUCUUGUCACCGAGAUGCUAGGCACCACUGAUGAAAACGAACCACUCCAGGUAAUGAUGAAAGAUCAGUUUGCUAAUUAUGUUGUACAAAAAGUGUUGGAGACGUGUGAUGAUCGCCAACUUGAAAUGAUACUUAAUCGUAUUAAAGUUCAUCUGAAUGCUCUGAAAAAGUAUACUUAUGGGAAACAUAUAGUUGCUCGUGUAGAGAAACUUGUUGCUGCUGGAGAAAGGAGGAUUGGGAUACUGGCGGGAUAUGCUGCUGCAGCUUCCAUGGCUACUGCUGCUGCUGCUACUACUACUACUUAGGGAAAGGUUAUAGAGAGGUGAUCGAAGUUGUACAGCUAACUGAGUAUGAAGUAUGAAGUCUGAAGUAUGAUGGAUGGAUGGAUGGUUUGUGUUUUAUUAGUUUUUUUAUUUGGGUUUAUUUUGGUGCUAUGAAGCUCUUAUUCCGGGUUUAUUUGGAAGAUAUGUAAGAGUGAAUUUGCAAAUAAAAGAUUGUACAUUGUUAGUUUGAGGAUAUACCUAGGAAAUAUGGGGUCUCCGCCAUGGCUGAAAGAGGGUGAAAGAUGCCCGUGGCCUGAAGAGAGAGAGAGAAGGUAAGAUGAGUGUACUGUACAAGUUGUUUAAGCCUGUAAAAAGAGGAAGAUAGAAGGAAAUGGAAAUGUGUGUUGUUAUGUUGUGGUGAGGUGAGGUGUGGUUGCAGAGGCUGUGGUGUAUUAGGAAUGACCAUAUAAGUUUUCCUUGUGUAUGAACUUCAUAUGUUCUGUUUUAUUCAGCUAAACCUUUUCUCAA